CUGGCUCAGUCUCUAUCGAAAUGUCGCUGCUAACACUUGGCUUCAAAUCGCAGCAAUUGCUGCUGCUGCUGCUACUUUCGCUGCUGCUAAUGCUGCUGCAACUGCCUCUUCCUGGACAAGCCUUGGAUUUGGUUAGGAAUGACCGCUACGAGGGCUUUCCCGGCGAAAGACCAAGGUUCCUGAAACGCCACUGAAAGUUGUUCUAUAAAAGAAACAAUAAAGCAACGAAUAGCAUCUGCA